CCAUAACUACAACACUUCAUCCCUCAAUUGCACGAAUCCCAAUGCAUUCACGAAAGAGGGUUUAGAGUCCAGCAGGUAUUUUAGCGAACGAGACUCAAUUCUUCAUUCGUUACUUUUCUCCUUCACAUUCCAAACCAAUUCCCACCAUGAGCGAUUUCAAGACCGACAUCAAGAGCUACGAGUUCAACCACACCAUGAUCCGCGUCAAGGAUCCAAAGGCCUCUCUUGAGUUCUACCAGGAUAUCCUUGGCAUGAAGCUGAUCACCUCCAUGGAUAACGAGGAUGGCAAGUUCACGCUUUACUUCCUUGCGUACGUCAAUACUGACGACCAGGCUACUCUCGAAGCCAAGUCCAAGGACGACCGCCGGGCCUAUGCAUUCAGCCGCCCCGGAGUUCUUGAGCUGACCCAUAACUGGGGCAGCGAGAACGAUCCUAAAGUGAACUACGCCAACGGCAACGAGGACCCUGGCCGUGGGUUCGGACACACUGCCAUCAUUGUCGACAACAUCGAAGAGGCUUGCAAGCGAUUCGAGAGCUUUGGCGACAAGGUCAAGUGGGUCAAGCGCCAGUCGGAUGGCAAAAUGAAGAACAUUGCCUUCAUUGCCGACCCCGACGGUUACUGGAUCGAGGUCUUGAACCGCGCCUUUGCCUAAAGAGUGCGAACAUCGCAGACAAAGAGUAGCAUUCCAGUGCGGAAAAUGACGAAUAAAAAAAAAUUUAUCACAGAC